UCGUUGAACUUUUCGAUUGAUGGACUUCCACUGCACAAGAGCACUCGAAAACAGUUUUGGCCCAUAUUAAUGAGCAUUCAAGAAAUGCCGGAAGUUCCAGUAUUGAUGGUUGGCAACUUUUUUGGUGAAUCGAAACCAAAGAGUGUUGAGGAAUAUCUGCGUCCGCUAGUCGACGAGCUAAAUGGGUUGAUGGAUAAUGGCAUUGUAAUAGCCAAUAAGCCAAUCGAAAUACACGUUAGAGCUUUCAUCGCGGACUCACCAGCACGAGCAUUCAUAAAAGGUUCAGUUUACUUCAACCACACACAUGGUUGCCAAAAAUGUACGGUGCAAGGAAAAUAUCACAGCGCACACCGAGUUACAUGUUUCCCGGGAAUGGAUCAUCCAGCAAGAACGCAUGAAGAUUUCGUCCAAUCAAAUUACGGAGCACAUCAUCGGGAAAAAAACGCCUCUCAUGGAUCUUAA